AUGGGUUACACACAGGGCUUUGCCCUGGGAUACCACGAUUUGAGACUGGGGGGUUGUGUAACAGUCCGAACAGCACUAAUUGCUAUAAUCGGAUUCAUGCCAACAAAAGGAGAAGGAGCAAUAGGAUCUCUUGAUUAUACCCCAGAAGAGAGAAGGGCCCUUGCCAAAAAGUCCCAGGACUUCUGCUGCGAGUCGUGCGGCUGCUCUAUGCACUCUGCCCUCCUGGCUCUGACCCCCAACAGCAACCCUAGCGCCGAGGACCACAAGGCUAAAGAACUGGCUCAGCAAAUCAACUUCAAGGCAGAGUCCAGUUUAUCCAGACAGGCGAGUGAGAGCGGAGGUGCGGAUAGCGAGCCUUCCACAGUCACCCAGGGAGACACCUCCACAUCUGCAGGCCAGGAAGGUGCUGACGGGCCCCAGGCUGAACAGGCAGAGGCAUCUCCAGCCACAGGAGUGGACGAACCCCAGACCCCUGCGGCCCCCAGCACCGGUCGCCCUCUCAGCCCCCGGCAGCGUCGGGCCCAGCAGCACAACCAGCAAGGCCAGAGAGACGGCAGAGAUCCAGCCAGCAGGCCGGUGUUCCCACCAGCUCCUCGCCAACCUCAGGAUGAAAGCCACGCGGGCUCUGCAGUCCUCAUCGUGGUGCUCACUCUGGCCCUGGCUGCGCUCAUCUUCCGCAGGAUCUACCUGGCUCAAGAGUACAAGUUUGACUACGAGCUGUGACCAACUAGGCCACCGCACCCCUCCUCACCCUCUAGUCCACCCCUCCUGCUACCACCCUAACAGAACUAUGAGCUGCUCAAGUUGAACCAGAGCCGAGGCGGUGGCUGACGCUGACUUUCUGCCCUCCCUGCUCUUCAGCAGAGGGUUCAGUCUCCACCGAGGACGAGGAGAGGGGGCUUUCAUUCCUGCAAAGGAGGCGCUCCACUCGCCACAAUGCCUCCUGGGUGUCUUUUAAUCAAUGUGAAUUUUACUCUCCGGAGUGUCAUGCAUUUUUAAAAACGGGAAGCUUUUCUGUGUUUGUGAUCAGUUCAGCAGCCACACACACACCACAUCCCCUUUCCACAUAAUUGUUGUCUAUCCUGGGGCUGCAGCUUGUUCCCAUUUUUGAAUUCAAACUGUAAUAUAAUAUAUCAACAACACAGAAUUAUGGGGUAUUUUUGUCUCAAGGUUAUUAUUUAAUCAAGGAAGGGCUAUAAAGCCUUCUUCUGUAUGUGCUUCAGCUUCAUGUUAGGGUAGGUCAGCCUCACCAUACAGGGCUCUGUUUUAAUGGUGCAAGCGUAGCAACCGCUGUGCUGGCGUCCUCAAGUGCUAAGCGAAAUCUGAAUUUUGGACGACCUCAGUAAGCAGUCCCCUCCCUCCUUCACCACACUGAUAUUCUGCUGCCUGUCCUUGAGGACCACCUCUUUGUGGAGUUCUCCCUCCUGACUGGAUAAAGUGGAAAUGGGAUACCAGAGAAUGUAUUCUAUAAAGCAGGGACUGGGCACCCAUAUCACUGACUGUGUAUCAGUAGUGGCUCUCUAUAUAUAACAGCAGCUCUAAGUCUUAAUUCUCCUGUAUCUCAUGGCGCUGUUAAUGGUCUCAUCAUAUUGUAACUGAUGUGAUGUAGCAACAUUGUGCAUUUCAAGAAUAUGAAACACCACUGUUGUUAAGGUAGUAGUUGUUAAGGUGGCAGUGAUGCACAGGGUUGAUGAGCUGUGGUAAUCCCACAUAAACAGGCAGAUGCUGGGUUCUAACUUUCCAUCAUUAACACGUCAACAAGUCCUGCUGCCUUCAGAUGACGACAGGGAUUUAACGAUCUGAAGAAGAGGCUUUACAGUAUAAAGCAGCUUUGGAUAACUGAUACUGUAACAAUCACUCAUUUUAAAGAUUGAAGUUGAAGUCAAAUGUUUUGACACAGACCAUCACAACAUAUGACUCUACUGUUGGCUAGGAAUAAAAAUGUUCCAUCCAAGUAUUGUCAGGUACUUGGCCGUUCUUUCACAUUUUUAUAUGAACUGACAUCACCAGAAAAAUCUGCAACAGAAACUGGAAAACCCAAGUCACUGUUUCUGACACUGGCCAUGAGAUAAUGUGAGCCUGGAAAUAUGCUGCAAAUGUACUUGCCCUUUCUCUCAGACCAUUGAGAGACUGAAUGAUAUUAGAACAUUAAUAUAAUUUAAUAAUGGCAGCCACUUGUGGAAGUGUGACAGAGCCCCUCUCGCACUCAUACAUUAAAGGAGAACGUUUUUACACAUCAAAGUCUGUUUACCGGGCCUGAGGAAUACUAGUGCAUAUGUGCAACAAGUGGUAAAAAGCCUUUUGAGUCUCCAGAGGGAGCUUUGUGAAGUCUGAUAAUCUACCUCAAGUGAUGUCACUUGAGACAGCGUCGGUUAGGGUAAAGUUACAAAGUAGGGAUCGUCACUGCAGUCAGCUUCUCCCGGUUAGGAUUCCUUCAGUGUUCAUGGUUCAGGAGGUUUCUACCGGGAGCCCAAUUAUCCACAGAGGUCUCCUCCUCUCCA